AUGAAAUUAGAAAACGUAGAUGUUGCUAAAUUGCAACUUAAUGAUUUGCCCAAAUUUGAUAAAUGCCCGUGUGAAUUAUGUGAUGAUGGUUGCUUUGAUCGUGCAGGAUAUGAACACUAUCCUCAGUGCCGACAAAAGCCAGUACAACGAACAAAAUUGCCUAUAAAUCUUCGGUGUCCACUUUCCCAUUAUAAAGCAACAUUUAAAUCACCAACAUAUCCAGCCGGUGGAUCAGCACACCAACGUCGUCAGCCAUUUCCUCCUGCGCCUGAUAAUGAAAUACCAAUAUCAUUUAAAAAUGCAGCAAUGUCUGGUGUUAGUUCACAACGAGAUCAUUAUCAACCUCCGCCAUCCAGCAAUAUUAGAAAACCUUUGCCUAAACAUAAUAAGCCAACAGGCAAUGGUUUACUGAUGCGGGCAGUUCCAAUGGAAACUAAAAGCUCCUAUCAAGCUGAAUAUGUUAACAGACCCAUUGUUCCAGCAUUACUUCGACCGUUAAAAGAUGUUAUGAAAGAUUCUCAUAUGAAUAUCGAUGAACCAACAGCGCCAUUAUCUUCUAUAACAACAGCUCGAACAGAUUUUCAACCGUGGAAUUCAGCUAGAUCUGAUCCCUAUGCUGAAUUUCCUUCAGUUACAGAACACGUCCUAUUUCCCGGUUCAAGUCGUGAUUUUAGCACUUCGACAGGGAGUACAUUUGUAGCGUUUCCUAAAGUAUCCCAAACAAGGCCAGCUCGUCGACUUGAAAAUCGAGGAAAUCUUAAACUUUCUGGUUCAAUGGAUUUAAAUACAAACUAUCGUGACAGUUAUGUUCAACACUCAACAACAUCAAUACGAAGUGCUCCAAGUGAAAGAAAAGAUGAAAAAGUCGAAGAUAAAGUUUAUAAACGUCGUCCAAUGUUUGCAAUUUCGCAAUCGAGCUUAGAUUAUCGUCCUUAUCCAAACCAUCAGCGAUCGCCACCAGCUGACAUGGAACCGUUCGUAUCUCAGAUCAGUCUAGGCAGUUCAUUGACUCCAGCUGUAAUUAAAAGUCAAUACCGUAUCGAUUAUGAAGGUAUCGAUGCAAGUCGGCAUACUCGUCAACCACCUGCAGCACCCAAAGAUCAUAAUAGACCCUACGUACCACCUAUUCAAAAGAUGGAUACAAUGUCUGUAACACAAAGAGAUUUUCAACCAUUGGAUAUAACCACUUUACCACGGAUUCGUUUAGUACCAAUGAAAGCAACAUUCUCAAUGAAUGAUGAACAGCUUCCCAUGGAAAAUGUUUCAAUGUCUCGAUUUCAUUUUAAGCCUUACGAAUCUAUGAAACCUAAACGACAAUAUAGUGAUCCAAUGCCUGAUAUUUAUGUUCCACCAUUAGAAAAAUUUUCAGGUGCAACAACAACCGGCGAUACAUAUCAAGGACAACCAGGGCCACGAGCACGUGCUUAUAUACCUGAAAUAAGAAUGCUAAAUCGAACUGGUGAACAUGAUCAUAGAACAAAUUAUCGAGUUGAUUAUCAUCCACACGGGCUGACAUUAUGUGCCGCUAAAGCGUUUGCAAUUACUCAAAAAAAACAAAAACCUGCGACGCCAGUAACUGCUCAAUAA